GUUUUAAACUCUCCAUGUGCACCAGACCAUCUCUGUGGUCUGAAAUCAGUCACUGCUUUAUUACAGCCUGAUACGGAACUUCAGAGUCACUUUCUGUCUGAGCAAACAGCAGCCGACGUGAUGAGAGAACUACAUUUCAAGGAUAGUUUUUGGAACACUGAUAUCACCAGCACAGCUGGAUAUGACACCAUCAUCCAGCACUUGAAUGACGGCAAAAGGACGUGCAAAGAAAUCGAGGACUUCAUGAAAGCCAGAGCUGCAAUAGAAGAGAAAUACGCCAAGGAUCUGCUUGGUUUGUCUAAGAAAGUGUGUGGACACAGCGAAAUGAACACCCUGAAACGAUCACUUGACGUUUUCAAAUUACAAACAGAAAAUAUGAGUUUGUCUCAUCUGCAUUUGGCCCAAACCAUGAGGGAGGAAGCAAAAAAAUUAGAAGACUUCAGAGAGAAACAGAAAGAGGCCCGGAAGAGGGUAGAACAGCAGAUGGACGCUCUUCAUAAGCAGAAGGGUGCUCAGUAUAAGAAAACUGCUGAGGCAAAGAAGACCUAUGAUCAAAAGUGUCGAGAUAAAGAGGAAGCAGAGCAGAACAUGAACAGAAACGCCACCACUAGCAGUUCCAAGCAGCAAGAAAAGCUGUACGCCAAAACACAGCAAGCCAAGCAGACAGCAGAGGAAGCUGACAGGAUAUACAGUCAGAAUGUGUUGGCUCUGGGGAAGAUGAGAGAGGAGUGGCUGAACGAGCAUGUCAAAGCAUGUGAGUUUUUUGAGAAACAGGAAGUGGAAAGGAUCAACAUGCUGAGGAACGUAGUGUGGACCCAUCUCAACCAUCUCUCCCAGCAGUGCGUCACCAGCGACGAGAUUCAUGAGGAAGUGAGGAAGUCACUGGAGCAAUGUAACGUUCAAGAAGACAUCGAGCAUUUUGUCAACCUCAGAAGAACCGGAGACAAACCGCCAGCACCUGUCCCAUAUGAGAACUUCUACAAUAAUCAGAGAUCGGCUGGAGUUCGCUCCCUUCCAACACCUGGCAGGAGAGCAGCAGCUCCUCCACCGCCAACUGCAGAGAAUGAUCCUUUAUACUCGACUGUAGCGGAACCAGGGUACAGCCUAAUACGAUACUAAUAAGAGCGUAAUUCGUCUUCGCAAACCCUGCUGCUCUAUAGGAAUACAGUGAAGGCAUUUGCGACUUUUUCCAUCAAGGGCUGAAAAGCACAUUGGUUAUCUU